CCUCUGUGAAGCGUUCUCACUGCGGGGAGGCUUCUUCUCAUUGGCGUCCCAUUUGCAUGGCUCCCUGUCCUGCUCGGGGAAUUGGCCUUUUCUUUUCUUAUCGUCCCUCCCUCCUCCUUUGCACCUUGGAGAGAGAGUGCUUCCAUCCAGCAGGAUUGCUUGUUUCUGAGGCAGACAAUAGAGCAGAGUAUUUAGGACACUUGGCAGGCAUGUUGGAGGGGAUGGGGACAUGGGCCGCUAAGUAGCUCAUCUCGUCACAUAGCCACUGGCAUGAUAGCACUCGGCAGCAAGGAAAAACAAGCAGUCCUGCUAAUGUUCCAUCAGCUGAGCUUCUGGCUCUAACCCCACCAGGUGGUCCUCAAUUCAACAUCAUGUUGCACCUCACCCUGCUGCUCCAUCUCCUGGUCCUUUCAUGCACCCGUUCGGGUGCAUCUGUCAUUGGGGAGGUACCUGACUUUUAUGGAGAUGAAGUCACAGGUUACGGACCAGUGUUUGAGGAGCAGCCGGUGGAUACCAUCUACCCUGAGGAGUCACCCGAGGCCAAAAUUACCAUGAACUGCCGGGCUAGAGCCAAUCCACCUGCCACAUACAAGUGGAAGCUGGACGGCAUGGAAAUUGACUUGAAUGCAGAGGGUAGUCACUACAGUUUAGUAGGAGGGAACUUGGUCAUCAGCAACCCUGAUAAGACUGAACAUGUGGGACAAUACUCCUGUUUGGCUACCAACACGUAUGGCACGGUCGUAAGCAGAGAGGCCUCUGUCCAAUUUGGAUAUCUCGAUCUUUUCUCAUCGGAGGAGAGGUCGUCAGUGUAUGUCAAAGAGGGACAGGGGGCCGUGUUGCUCUGCGCUCCCCCACCGCAUUAUCCAGCCGAGCUGUCAUUCCGCUGGAUCCUCAAUGAAUUCCCGACCUUCAUCAUACCGGACAAGCGACGUUUUGUCUCCCAGAUAACAGGCAACCUCUAUAUCUCUAAGGUGGACUCCUCGGACAGAGGAAAUUACUCCUGCAUCGCCUCAAGCCCAUCUAUUUCCAAGAGUGUCUUCUCCAACUACAUCCCCCUUGAGCCUCAGACUGAACGUCCUAUCAGGAAAUACCCGGCUGACCUAAGAGUCAAGUUCCCUGACACCACUGCUUUGGUGGGGCAGAAUGUCACCCUGGAGUGCUUUGCUUUGGGGAAUCCUGUCCCUGAGAUCCGCUGGAAGAAGAUAGACGGACAUCUGCCGUCAAACCACGAGGUGCGUAUGACGGGGACUCAACUGCAUCUGUACAACGUGCAAUUUGAAGAUGGUGGCACCUAUAAGUGUGAGGCGAUAAACUCGAAAGGAAAGGACUACCACACCGCUCGUGUGUCUGUGGAAGCUUUUCCAGAGUGGGUGGAGCACAUCCGCAGCACUGAAAAAGACCUCAGGAGCGACUACACCAUGUCCUGCAAAGCCAGUGGCAAGCCUAAUCCACACAUCCGCUGGCUGAAAAACGGAGAACUGGUUGACAGGAAAGAGAUGAGAUUCAGCAGCUUGACAUUUGAUGAUUCAGGGAUGUACCAGUGCAUAGCAGAAAAUCGUCACGGAGUGAUUUAUGCCAACGCAGAGUUGCGUGUCUUUGACUGUGCUCCCACAUUUGAACACAACCCAGUGAAAAGAGUGCUGGCAGCCAAAAAUGGCCGGGUGGUGAUUGAGUGUCGACCCAAAGCGGCCCCAAAGCCCGCCUUCUCCUGGAGCAAAGACACUGAGCUGCUUUCCAACUCUACCAGGGUGUUCAUCUGGGAGGAUGGAAGCCUGGAGAUACUCAAUGUGACACGAGCAGACGAAGGCAGAUACACCUGCUUUGCAGAGAAUGACCGGGGCAAGGCCAAUAGCACCGGCGACCUGUUGGUUAUGGACUCUACGAAGAUCACCUUGGCACCAUCUAAUACUGACGUUAAAGUGGGAGAGAAUACCUCGAUGCAGUGCGCAGCAUCACACGAUCAGUCUCUAGAUAUCACCUUCAUCUGGUCCCUAGAUGGCCGAGUCAUUGACCUGCACAAGGACAGCCAACAUUACGAACGCACCACAAAUGGAAGCUCGAAUGGCGAGCUGCUCAUCAAGAAUGUUCAGCUGAAACAUGCGGGACAGUACACCUGCACUGCACAGACCCCUGUUGACAAUAUCACUGCUUCUGCCCACCUGGUUGUCAGGGGUCCUCCUGGUGCUCCAGGUGGGGUGCGAAUAAUAGAAAAAACAGACAAAAGUGUAAAGUUGCAGUGGAGCCGUGGUGCAGACAACCACAGUCCGAUCUCCAAAUAUACCAUCCAGUACAAGGAUCAGUUCUCAGACGAUGUCUGGAAGAAUGCCACUACAUUUCCUGUUAAUGUAGAGGGGAACGCAGAGAUGACCACAGUGGUGGACUUGAUUCCCUGGACAGACUAUGAGUUCAGGGUCAUUGCUACUAACACUCUGGGGACAGGAGACCCAAGCAACCCAUCGCCUAUUGUUAAAACGCUGGAAGCAGUUCCUGUGGUGGCGCCCUCAGAUGUUGGCGGGGGUGGAGGGGCUAGCAGAGAACUGACCAUCACAUGGACGCCUGUGAAGCCAAAGUACUACUAUGGGCCUAAUUUUGGCUACAUUGUGGCCUUCAAGCCCCAAGAUGAGCAAGAGUGGAAACGGGUGGCAGUAGCCGAUCCCCAGGCCAGGCGCUACGUCCACAAAGCCUCUGACAUCCCACCUUUGACAGAGUUUCAAGUCAAAGUCAAAGCGUUUAACGUCCAGGGAGAAGGACCCUACAGCCUAACAGCCAUCAUCUAUUCUGCACAAGACGCUCCAUCUGAAGCUCCUGCAGUUGUUGAAGCCAGAGCUCUCUCUGCCAAAGCUGCCACUGUGUCCUGGAUGCCCCUCUCAUAUAGUAAUUUAGAUGGAUACCAGGUGAAGUACUGGGAAUCUGGUAAAAGUGAAGGGCAGGCCGAGACGAUUGCCGUGUCUAGCAGGGAGAACCACACUAAACUAGAAAAUCUGAGACCUUACACAGAGUACAUUAUUGAAGUUCGAGGCUACAACUCUGCAGGAUAUGGGCCACCCAGCCACCACUUCCGGGUCCUAACCAAGAAACCCCCACCAGACCGAGCCCCCAAAAUAAUAGCUAAAAAAGUGAAGGGCCAGUCAAUAAAUAUUGCCUGGGAACAAGUGGAACCGAUGGCUAAUGAGUCCUCAAUAGAAGGGUACCGAGUACUAUACAGGCCAGAGGGCCAAACCACAGGCACUCUGUACAACACCUACAAGCGAAACAUUGAUCUUCCCCUACCUCCAAAUGGGAACUAUGUGGUGGAGGUCCGGGCACACACAGAAGGAGGAGAUGGGGCUACGACCACAGUCCAGAUCACAGGUGGGGGUGUCUCGACCGCCCAGUCUCUCAGCGUACUCUCCCUGCUCUUUGUGGCUCUCCUCUGCCUGAACCUCUGAAUGUAGCGCCAUCUUUUGUCUUCACUUCCUGUGAAGGAGACUCCUGCAAGGACUUUGAGCCUCUUUCCACAAUCUUUCGGUUCCGCCCUAUAAUCUGGGAUGCCAUGUUCUGGCUCUUUCCUCUGGAAUACGUUUGUGGAAACGGACACAGAAAUGGAAAAAUUGGAAAAAGGACAAAGACAUUCCUUAUUUAUCCACAAAAAUGGCCUCUUUGGAGGAGAGUCAAAGGAGUUUUGUCAACUUUAAAAAUAUGCCUUAUAUAAAUGACUGCACUUAUCUUUCACAGCAACUUGUUUUAAAACGUUCUGGAAGUGCAAACGCUGCACUUUUGAUAGGCUGGCUGUUUGGUCAUUUUAAAUCACAACGCUGUUCUUUCUUAUUAUAAAGAUGCUGUAUGUUUGGUCUGUGACGUUCUGGAAAAUUCUUCCUACAGUGCAUUCCAUAAUAUAAGGUAAACAAGUAGCUGUGAAGGGUAAGUGUAUGAGUUUAUAAAAAAAUAUCUUCAUGUGUUUCAUGGCUUGCUGUUCGGUGGAAUUUUUUUUUUUCUUAAAAUAAGCACACCCUCUGUUAACGAGAUACAGUCAAAUCAAAUCUCAACCGCCUGCAUCCUUUCAGACGCAGGUAGAGAAAUGAGCAGAUGAUGCCAUGCUGAAAAGUAAUCAGUAAUUGAUAUUGUUUUACUGUCUAGUAUAACAGUGUUUUUUUUUUAAAGAGAAGUGGAUUGGUUUAACCAUGCAAUUGCUGCUUACCUCCAAACCGUAACAUAAGCUUUACUAAUACCUGUGCGUAUGUUGAUGAAGAGACGUUUGAAAUGGCUCAAAGUGUUCUGAUUUUGGCACAUUUAUAUUCAAAUACAGAAUCCAUUGGAACCAACCCACAGCAGCAGGAAGUGCUAACAACGUCUAAAGGAAGUUUAAAAUGUAAAACUGCGGCGAACAGUGUGUGACCGUGAUGAAGGCUUUGCAGAAACAUUUAGAUCGAUGUUCAACCGAGACUGAAAGACAUCGCCCGUGAUCUAAACUAAAUCUACUUUGUUUUGACUGUAUCAUUAGGACCUCAGUGGUACCAUCUGGUGCUUUGUAAACGAAUGUUGCCAUUUUAUUUAAUGUGAUCAGUUUCAUUUAAUAUCUCUCGUUUAUGGCUUUGCGUGCGAGUCACUAUUAACAGUGAGAGUGAAUGGUAGCGACGCUCAUGCCCUCCUAUAAUUGUGCAAUGUCUGAAUUACCUGUGGCUACUUUAUAUUUUCUAACAGGAUCAUUUGCUUAGCACCUGUUUUCAUUCUCUAAAAAUCAGAAGGUAAGCAAAGCCAUCCGAGUCAGCUGUAAGAGCUCAUCCAAAGCUCACGAUGUUAUUCUGAAUACAUUUUUGUCUUUUUAUUAACAUAUGAUCAGAGAUAUAUAAACAUUGUCAUUUUUUGUUUUUUAAUAUUAUAUUUGUAUGUCUCCACCCAGCUCUGGUUGGACAGUUUCAGAGUUUAUUUCUCUCAACUGGAGGAGCAAACGGUAUAUUUUGAGUUCCUCUGAUUUCUCUCUUGUGUGACUGACGUUGGUCAUGCUUCUUACAUUGUGACAAUAUCAAUGUCCACCACAAAGUGCUUUUUCCUGACUUUUCUUCAUGCCACAAAACAUAAAAAAAAGAGUUGCCAAAUGCAUGAAUGCCUUGAACUUUGACAUUUUUGGAAGAAGCAGCGGCUCAAAAUUCUAACAUGCAUGAGAUUGGAGAGCAAGUGGUACAUUACUUUGCAACACUUCCACAUCAUAGCGACUUCUCGGCCUCUCGGCUUCAUGUGAAACACAUUCCAUACCUGAGUGGCAUCCCUUUACGUCAGAGAAGGAGUAGAUCCUAGACUAAUAUGUUCGUUAGCUGCUAAGCGAGAGAGAAAAUCUUAAACUGACUAAAGGAAUCUCACUCAUUUGAGUUCAGAAGUGGUCCCGCAGUCUGGUACAUGCAAUGGCUGCGAUUUGAUAGUAUCAUUGGUGGCUGUGGCAGCAUGUUUGGCUGCCUCCUGGAAUUCAGUGCUUCGUUGGACAUGAAUGGCAUAUAUGAGGGAUGAAACUGAAACCUCUCAUUGGCUGGACAAGGAACAAUAAAAGUGUAGUUAACUAUA